AUGAGAGCCAAGGUAAGAGCUCCAUCUCCUUUCCCUACAUGCGCUUUCUCUUAUUCUUUGUUAUCCGUUGUGGAAGAAGAAGCGCAUGAGGAGGUUGAAGAGGAAGCGCCGAAAGAUGAGACAGAGAUCCAAGUAGUUUUGCCGCCAUCCACCAUCAAUCGACGUCGUCUCUCACCCGAUCCCCGUGUUUUGUUUUCUAAUCAAGGCUAG